AUGGCCGAAGAAGAAGAGGAGGAGGAAACACACCUCGUCGAACAGCAAGGUCUCAUCAUCACCCACACGGACGAGGAGGUCGUUAUUGAGCAACAUGAAGAAGAUUCCGAAAAAAUCAAAAGUGAGCAGGAAGACGAUCAUUUUAAAGACGGAAUUGAUGUGUCAUCCCCCUCCGAUUAUGAAGCGGGCAGUUCUUUGUUCUCAUGGCUGUUUUUUUCAUUUGUGAGUCCAUUGAUACAUGUCGGAUUCAAAAAAGCAGGAGGAACGUUUUUACUUUCAAAUGUUUUUGAAAGAAUUUUGGAAUGUUUGCGAAUACGUUCAAGUCAUGUCAAUGAGGAAGAUGGUAAUCAUGAAAGUCAGCUGAUUAAAGGAAUGUCUCACUCAGAUAUUCCUAAAUUAGGUGCUGACUAUCAAUGCAAAAAUCAAUUUGAAACAUUUAAUGAAUAUUUCAAGUGGAGUUUUGAGCAUGAAAGAGCUUUUUAUUCCCAUGAUGGAGGUAUUCGAAGGAGUAAUGGAACAUUACUAAUAUUAUUGUUGGAGAGAAUUUAUAGAUGGAAAGGAUUUUAUCGUAAUGCAUUGUGGAGAUUGAUUUCUAUUUUUGCAAACUAUUUAUGUCCAUUAAUUUUUUAUGUCUUGUUGGAAUCGAUUCGAACACAAUAUUUACAAAAUGGAGAAAAUCAAAUGGGUGACGCUGGUAAAAACAAUAGUACUUGUUUGAGUCAAGUUGUGACCGAUCUAUAUUCGAUUCCACUACAAAAUCAACUUGAUUCUAUUCGCAGUCAUUUGCAAACAUCGUCUCAAAACAACGGGACGAGUAAUACUUAUUGGAUUAUUGCCCAACUUCCUCUCUCUAAUAUUUAUUUUCAAUUUGGAUUACUAGUUUUGCUAAUAAUUCUUAACAUUAUUUCUCUGAUAUGCUUACAACAUUAUUACUAUUCUAAUUGCAAAUUGUGGUUAUCGAUAAGAGGAUCUCUGCAAGCAUCCAUUUUUCAAAAACUCACAAGAAUUACUCCAACCAAUCGAAGCAAAUUUCAAAGUGGAGAAGUAACCAAUUUGUUCACAACAGACUCCAAUCGAUUGAGUGGAAUGACCAUAGAUAUGCAUGAACUAUGGAUUAUACCUCUUUCAGUUUUAUUAGGAAUGGCAAUAGUUUUUAUGUUUUUUGGAUACAGUUCACUUGUUGGAUUUGUUGCCAUGUUGGCUAUGAGUCCUCUUUUAGCUCUUUUGGCAAGAUGGCUCUCAAAAAUAGAAACAACUGUCUCGUCCUUUAGAGAUGAGAGAGUUAAAACAAUGAGUGAAAUUUUGAAUGGUAUUCGAAUUGUGAAAUUCUUUGCAAUGGAAGACGGAAUGAAAGACAAGGUGCAUGCAUCAAGAAGUAAGGAAUAUAAUGGCCUUCAAAAAGGAGGAAUUGUUAGAAAUCUUCAACAACUCGUCUCUGUAUUUGUCUCCAUUGCAGGAAGCAGUGUCACAUUUAUUUGCUAUCACUAUUUUGGAGGAGAACUAACCAUUUCUUCCAUGUUCACAUGUUUAGUACUAUUUGAGAACAUUAGAAAUCCACUCUUUCAUUAUCCAACGUUUUUAUCUUUGGCCGUGAGCUCGUAUGUGAGUGCCAAAAGAAUUGGAGACUUUUUAUAUGCUGAUGAAUUGUCUCAUCUUCCUCAUGACCACAACAAUGUUGCAAAAUUGCAAAUGGAUGGACAUGAUUCUACCUCUUCUGAUAUUGGUGAAAACAUUGCUAUUCAAUUUAAAAAUACAACCAUCACAUGGAAUGAUGAGUCAGAUGCAGUGCUCAAGAACAUCAAUCUGACCCUUAAAAAGGGGAAAUUAUAUUGUAUCAUUGGACACACAGGAGUUGGAAAGUCUAGUCUAUUUUCAACCAUUUAUGGAGAUACCAUCAUCAAGGAAGGAUCUCUAACUAUUCACCCAAAUUCUAAAAUUGCGUUAAGUGAUGAAAAUCCGUGGAUGAUUAAUGGCUCAGUUCGAGAUAAUAUCAUUUUUGACAAGAGACUUCCUUUUGACAAUGAAAGAUAUCAACAAAUUCUGGACGUUUGCCAAUUAAGAGAGGAUCUUGAAGAAUUUCAAAAUUAUGACAUGUCAGAAAUUGGAUAUUCAGGUAUUAAUCUAUCACUUGGACAAAAGCAUAGAAUUAGUUUGGCACGAGCUUGUUACUCCAAUGCUGACAUUAUUCUUAUGGAUUCUUCUCUCAACUCUAUCGAUGCUCGUUUAUGCAAGAAAAUAUUCAAAGAAUGCAUUCAGGGUUACUUGAAAGAUCGAACUCGAGUUUUAAUCACACAUUCACUUCAACUGCUUGAAAUGGCUGAUGAAGUGAUUGUAUUAGAUAAGGGAACUGUUGCUGCCCAAGGACCUCUUUCAGAUGUCACGAUACAUGCCUAUGACUUUUCAAAAUUAAUUAGAGAAAAUGAAGAUUCAACAGAUCAGCAGAAAACACAAGUUCCUGAAAAAAUAACACCAGCAGCAGCAACAUGUAACAAGACGCCCUCAUCUCACAAUGAUUAUCCUUGUUCCUCUUCAAAAGGAAAAUUAGUAUCCAUCGAGGAAAAACAUUCUGGAGACAUUAGCUGGAAAGUUGUUUUUAACUAUCUCAAAGAAUUUGGUCUCAUUGUAUUGAUCAUUUGUGCCACAACUUCUCUUUUAGCUAUUGGAUCUAAGCUUGCCUCAAGUUUAUGGAUUUCUCUCAUGAAUAUGGAUGCUUUCAAUAUGAGUAUUUCGUCUUAUGUGUGGAUUUACUUUUCUAUUGGAAUUAUAGAUGCUUUAAUCAUCACUGUGAGAGGUUCAAUUUAUGCAUUUGCUGCUCUAAAGAGUUCCAAUCGAAUUCAUGACAAGAUGUUACACGGAGUAUUGAGAGCUCCAAUUUUAUUUUUCGAUCAGAAUCCAGUGGGUAGAAUAUUGAAUCGUUUCACUCAAGAUCUCAAUGUCACUGACAGUGAAAUGUUGUUCACAUUGGCCAAUGGUAUUAAUACUUUCUUGAACAUUAUUAUGACACUUGUAUUGAUUGCCAUUAUCACUCCACUAUUUUUAUUGGUUGUAUUUCCAGUGGCAAUUGCUUUUUAUAUCAUUCAAGCUUAUUAUAGAACGACUUCUCGUGACAUUAGAAGAUUGGAAUCCAUCUCAAAAAGUCCAGUUCUUUCACAUUUUUCUUCCUGUCUAAAUGGUAUUAAUACCAUUAAGGCACUCUUAAUUCAUGAACAAAUAUUUGAGGAAAACUUUAUGAAAAUUGAUUUCACAUCCAAACAUUCACACUACAGAUAUUUAAUUAACAGAUGGCUUGGUGUCAGAAUUCAAUUUGUGGCUCAAGUUGUCAUUUUCUUCACUGCUGCCUUUUCUAUUCUAGCAAGACAUAUCACACCAUAUGUGAGUCCUGCAUUUCUUGCUCUCUCCAUAACUUAUUCAUUACAACUUACCGAACAUUUCACACUAAUGGUUCGAUUAUUUGUAGAUUUAGAAAGCUCUUUGACGAGUGUUGAGAGAAUUCUUCAUUAUUGUCAUGGAAUUGAAAGAGAAGCUCCCGAGUUAUUGGAAGGAGAUCCAAUUUCCACACAAUGGCCAACACAAGGACAUGUCAAGAUACAAAAUUUGUCUGUAAAAUAUAGAAAUGAUUUGGAUCCAGUGUUGAAAUCCAUAAGCUUGGAUAUUCGACCAGGAACCAAAUUAGGACUUGUUGGAAGAAUUCAUAUCCAUAAUAAUCUUGGAUGUAAUGAAUUAGGAUCUGGAAAAAGUAGUCUUUUAAUUACCUUAUUUAGAUUUCUUGAACCAUUUCAGGGAAGUAUUUGGAUCGAUGGAGUGGAUAUUUCACAGAUGGGUUUAAAGACAUUACGAAAAUCACUGUUAAUUAUUCCUCAACAACCAGUUCUAUUUUCAGGAACAUUAAGAUAUAAUCUUGAUAUUUUCAAUGAGUUUGAAGAUUAUGAGAUUUGGAAUGCAUUGGAACGAGUUCAGUUGAAAGAAAAAGUCAAACAAUUCAGUUUGCAGCUUAGUGAAAUAGUUUCAGAGAACGGAAGUAACUUUUCAAUUGGAGAACGACAAUUGCUUUCACUCUGUCGGUGUAUCCUUCGAAAAGCAAAAAUUAUUAUUUUCGAUGAAAGUACUGCUUUUGUGGAUCACAAAAGUGAUGCCCUAGUACAAAAGAUUAUUCGUGAAGAGUUCAAAGAUUCAACCAUCAUAACGGUAGCUCAUCGAUUGGACACCAUCAUUGAUUCAGAUGCCAUUGCUGUAAUGAGAAAUGGAGAAAUUAUUGAGCAUGGAACCCCAACAGAAUUACUUGAAAAUCCUCAAUCUCAUUUCUCCAAGCUUGUCAGCGAAACUGGACACAACUAUGCUUCACACCUCAUCGAACAAGCGUUCAAAAUGCAAGGUCGUUGCGAUGAGAUCAAGAAAUAA